AUAGCAGAUCGCCCAGAGGGUCGCCACGAAGAGGAGGAGGACGAGGAGGCGGUGGUGGAGCACGAGGUGGCAAAAAAGUUGAAAUCGAAGCACAUCGGUUGGAAGGACCUGCUGGCCACUCGAAAUUUGGUUGUUGGUGAAUCGGUGUACGGUGAGAAACGCGUUUCGGUGGGUGAGGGAACAGAAAAAAUCGAGUAUCGUAUUUGGAAUCCAUUCCGGUCCAAAUUGGGCGCCGCAAUUUUGGCUGGUCUGGACGAUCCGCACAUUGGGCCGGGUACGAAACUGCUGUAUCUGGGUGCUGCAUCCGGUACCACAGUCUCGCACUGCUCCGAUAUUGUUGGCCCGGAUGGAGUAGUUUAUGCGGUGGAAUUUUCACAUCGAUCUGGACGAGAUCUGUUGAAUAUUGCCAAGAAAAGGCCAAAUAUUAUUCCGAUUGUCGAGGAUGCACGCCAUCCGCUGAAGUACAGAAUGAUUGUUGGUUUGGUUGAUACGAUAUUCUCGGAUGUGGCGCAGCCUGAUCAGGCCCGAAUUGUUGCCAUGAAUGCUGGCUAUUACUUGAAAAAUGGUGGCCAUGCUGUGAUGUCAAUCAAAGCGAACUGCAUUGAUUCAACGGCAGCACCCUCAACAGUGUUUAUCGGUGAAGUGAACAAGCUGAAGGAGGAGCGUUUCAAACCGAUUGAGCAAGUAACUCUGGAACCGUACGAACGAGAUCAUGCUGUUGUGGUGGCUGAGUAUCGCCUACAUGAUGCUAAGAAGGAGUAG